GCAUUAUUGAUAUGUAAAUAGAAGAAUGAAAGACCCGGAGCCAUGCGAGGCUCACAUUCGUGAGGUCUAGAGCAAGUUACAAAAUGGACUCGUAUGAUUUAUUUGGGGAAGAUGUUGGUGGAAAUGUCUUGGAUGGUUUGCCAGACUUGGGAGGUGACAAUUUUAACUCGGCUGCUCAUCAACAAGAUGCAUCAGGAGCAACAGCAGGUUACGUUCAGCCGUCUUACCCCCACCAAAUGCCACCAGAAAUGCACCAGGAGUCACCCUUGGCUAAGCUCACCUCCUUUGGGACAAGUGAUUAUCCUUCUUCAAAUCAUAUUGAACCCUCUGCUCAAAGCAUUUAUCACUCUAAUCACGGCCCGUUCGAUAAUUCUGGCGCAAGGUCAAUGCCUUCACCUUCUCCAACUGCGGCAGGUUACAUUAGAGGAGCGAUGAUUCCACAACAGCAUGGGAGACAUCCACAGCAGCCCCCAGGUAGCUCCUAUUCUCAGUAUGGAGUUCCUCCUAAUAAUAUCUAUGGGAUGGAACAUCCUGAUGCAAACUUGCAGUGGGCUGGGUAUGCAAGGCACUAUCCACAAACUACACAAACCACGUAUAGGCAACAACAUGUUACUUACCGACAAGAAGCUGAAAAAACUGCUUCACAGUACUCUAACCAAAACUUAAUGGGCUCGCUAAUGCAAAAUAGCUAUCAACGCCAACAACAACAACAACAACAACAGCAGCAGCAAGUUCAACAGCAACAAGCUCAACAACAGCAGCAACAGCAACAAGUUCAACAACAGCAGCAAGUUCAACAACAGCAGCAGCAGCAACAAGUGCAACAACAACAGCAGCAGCAGGUUCAACAACAGCAGCAACAAGUGCAACAACAACAACAACAACAAGCGCAACAACAGCAACAAGCACAACAAGGCAUAUAUGCAGGAUCACAAGGUAUCAUGUAUGGAAAUGCAAACCAGUCAUAUUCUGGUUAUCACCAGGGUAGACAUAUUGCUGCUUACUCUCAACAGCAGCAAAUGCCCAUGGCUGGUGUGAACAGUUCUCCUCAGCCGCAUACCACGUACAACCAUAUGCAGUCACCAAUGGCGCACCCAGGUUAUAGCCAGCAGCAACAGAUGCCCCAACAAGGAAUGCCACAACAGCCAAUGGGGAUGGAUGUCCCAGGAGCAAGUCAGUAUUCUAAUGUAAGUGCUCCUGCUCAAACAAAAUCCCAUGUCGCUCAGCAGCAGUCUAGUGGCAGUCCUCAAUCACAGUACAGAGCUUCGUACUCUCAGUUAUCUCCGCAAAUGUCUCCAAGACCACAAAUGUCACCGAGACCUCAAAUUUCGUCCCCAAGACCUGUAAUGUCUCCAGUCAAACCAAGUACGUUGUCUCCUCAUCCACAUCCUCAGCAAUCACCGAGGCCACCUGUGUCAUAUCCUCAGCAAAGUACGCUGCAGCAGUUAGAACAAAUGGUGAUGCCAUCAGUGGCAGGUCCUCCAACUGAUUACCCCUCGUAUCCUCGUGGUCCUUCCGCACAAUCCUGGCCACAUCAGUCUUCGCAACAGCACUCAGUGAACGGUAGUCUAGGAGGACUUUCUGAUCAAGGAAUGCCGGGUUAUACUUCCAUGCCUACGGAUGAUUCAAUGAUGGAUGCUCAGUCAAAAAACCUUCAGUCUUCAAGUAUACCUCCAUCUGGGAUGGUCAUGCCGGAUUCAGCAUUGUCGAAUUCUAGUUUGUCUGGAUCCAAUGGCAGUGUAGAUUUUCAAACUGGUGUGCUCGAUAAGUAUUCAUCGUCUGAGCAGUCGAUGCCGCAGCACAUUCCUUCUAAUCCAGAGCUUCAGUCAUCACAGGCUAUGGAAUCUUCUCAAAGUACAGCACACGAUACUAGUAGUAGUAAUAUGCCUCCAGUCAGUUACAGUGAGCAGCCUUAUCAAAACGGAGUGAAAGUUGACAUGGAAUCUUCUUCUCAGCCCAGUGGAUAUGCAACUGAGUCUCCAAUUUUUCAACCUCCUAUUGGUCACCAACAAGAGAUGGCAGCUCUUCAACAACAACUCCAAGAGUUGUAUUGUAUUCCACCAAAUCCUGAGAUUCAAAUGCGGAUCAAUCAUUUGCAAGAACGGAUGCGAAUGAUUCAACAACAUGAAGCAGCAGAUAGGUGCGUUGGGGGCCCUCACUGUCUAUUACAGUCAUCGCCAAUGUUUCCAUCCAAUCCCAUGGAUCCUGCAAUUAUGAUGCCUACGCCAACAGGACGUGGUCGUGGUAGGGGCAGAGGGAGUCGAGGCGGAGCUACACCUCGUCCAAGGAAGAGUAGGAGUAAGAAGGCAGCGGAAGUUGAGCCCACAAUGGUCUCAUUCUCUCCUGUAAUUGGUGAUGGAUUGAGUCCCUACCCUCCAUCAAUGCCAGGAGUGCCACAGCAUCCAGUUCCUGUUCCUGUUAUUGAGCCAAUAUCGCAGCAACUUCCCAUGUUACCUGCACCGCACAUAGGGCUCCCACCAUCACAAGCGUCUCCUCCGUCCAUUCCAGCUCACCCCCCUGAAGAAAUGUCUCAUCAACCAUACAGACGCACACCUCCUCAAUCAGAACCUCUCUCUGAUCCACCUCCACCUUUAUUAACGCAAGAAGUUCAAAGGCCUCAUGUCACUUCUCGAAAAUGUCUUGACUCUCAUUUAUCUCCUGUUAGCACACAAUCACCAGUUCCUUCCAUGCAAGCAUCUCCUUCACCUCCACCUCCGACUCUGAUGCCACCGUCCCCAGGCUAUCAAAUUAGACCGCAUGAAAAUGUUGUAUCUGUUGACAUGAAUACUGAGACAAGCAGGUCGCUCCCUGUAUCGGAGCCAGAAAUUUCCCCAGUAUCAUCUGAAGAGCCUCGACAGUUAGAGAAGGAAGCCCAGAUGAUAGCAGAGCCAGCUUUGAUUGUGACCACUGAAGUAACUUCAGAAUCGGAACAAACCGGAGGAGUAGAGUUGGAAGUUGAACCUGCUAAAUACGAGUCAGAGCUCAGUUUGCUUAAUAGAUCCGAACCAGUGGGAGACUUCGAGUUAGUGUCUGAGCAGACAGAAUCAAGGUCCAAGGUAGAUAGUAAUGGUUCAGCGGAUGAUGGGGCAACAGUGAAGGACAAACAGAAUGAGGAAACUGAAAGGAUUCACCAAGAGCCAGAUGCUACAGCUUCACUAACUGAUCAAGUAUCCGAAGAACUAGACACAGUAAUCGGAGACAAUCCUAUAGAGGGAGAUGAGGAAAAGGAUUCUGAUGCUACCUCUCCAGUGGAGCAACAACCGCCAGUCUUGUCACCAAAGCUAUGUGAGCCGCCUGGUACUAGUGUGUUCAACUUCACCGAAGAUGAGGAGCCACCACCACCCCUCCAUAUGGGACCAGAUGGAACACCUAGAAAACCAAGGCAAAGAAAGAUUAAAGAAAAUAAGCCCCCUCAAGAGGAUACAUCACCUAAGGCACCAAAGGAGCGCAAGAAUCGCUCACCAAGAACUCGCAAAGAACCUAAAACGCUAAAAGAAUCAAAGAAAAAAACCACUUCCAAAUCUGUAUCUUCAGAGGAGGCUUUAAUUGAAAAAGUGACACGCAAGAAAAGCGCAAAGAAGAAAAAGUUGGUGCUAGAAGAGGCAUUUGUGGAAGAACCUGUAGUCAAUAAUGAAGAAAUUGAAGAGAAAAUUGAAGGAACCACUCCAUUAAUUGCAGGAAAUUCUGAGGGGGCCACAUUCAUUGAAGUGCCACCAGGAGAUAUAACAGUGAGAACACCAGACUCAGAGCGUAAUCUAGAGCACUCAGCAAUUGAGGAAGUUAAAGAUGAAAAACUGGAUCUGGAAACUUCAGAAACACCAGAAACGGUUGACAAUGCAGAAGUUGCGGAUAUGGAGAUGUUGACCGAAGCAGACUCAGAAAUGACUCCAACACCAACAAAGCGUAGAUCGUACAAACGGAAGCCCGACAAAAGAGGCCGACCAAAGUCACUAGCGAGGAACCUACCAAAGAAAAAACGAUUGAAGUCUUUAAAAGGGGGAGACUCAGAUGAUGCUGAAGAUGAGGAUGCAACACCGCCAGCAUCACCUCCUGACACUGAUUCUUCCAAUAAGAGGAGAUCAGCACGCAACACGCAACGCAAAAAAUAUGUUGAUGACAUAAUGUUAGCAAUAUCUGACGAAGAUUCACGGAAGUCACCAUCCCCAAAACCAGACGUUUCCAAACAUUCCGUUCUUGAGACGUCUCAAGAGGGAGCCAUCAAGCCUAACUUUGUUUAUAUUAAUACAACUGACGAAGACUCAAUGGUAGUGCAACAUAUUCUAGCUUUGAGGAAAGGUCGGAGGGAAAUCAAAACUGAAAUCACCACUGAAAAAGAAAAGGUCAAUCCAAAAAUCGAAGAUAGCAAUGACAAAUGCAAUGUAAAGUCAACAGAUAAUGAGACUGAUGUUGAGUCAACAGAUGGAAAGAAUAACUUCAACGAAGAAAAACUGGUUAUCAAAGAAGAAGUCGAGGAAGAUGUAGGCAAAUCCAUCUCCCAACCAGAGCAAGUUGAAGAAAAUGAAAUUGUAGCACCUGAAGAAAACAAAGAAAAUGACAAUGCAAACAAAGGGACGGAAGAAGAUACUGAGGUCUCCACUGUAGGCAGCAAAGAUACCUCUGAAACUGGUGGCAAGUUCAUAGAAGUUGAAGAAUUUUUCGUCAAGUAUAGAAACUUUUCUUACCUUCAUUGUGAAUGGAAAACAGAACAAGAAUUAUUUAAAGGCGAUAAAAGAAUAAUUCAAAAGAUCAAGAGGUUCAAACAGAAGUUAGCUCACAAUACAAAUAUUUUUGAAAAUCUGGAAGAAGAACCUUUCAACCCUGAUUAUGUGGAGGUGGAUCGAGUGUUGGAUGUAGCAGAGCAUACUGAUCCCAACACCCAGAAAACCAUCAAACACUAUUUAGUCAAGUGGCGCUCUCUUCAGUACGAGGAGUCAACCUGGGAAUUGGAAGAAGAUGUCGAUCCAAUAAAAAUUCAACAGUUCGAGAAAAUUAGGAAACUCCCUCCUAAGGAUAAAUGGAAACCAAAGAAAAAGCCUAGUGCCAAUGAGUGGGUAAAAUUGGACAAAUCUCCUGUUUACAAAAAUGACAAUACACUCCGUGAAUAUCAGCUGGAGGGUUUAAAUUGGCUCCUUUUCUCUUGGUACAAUGGGCGAAAUUGUAUUCUAGCAGAUGAAAUGGGUCUUGGUAAAACGAUUCAGUCCUUAACUUUCAUCAAUGCUGUUCAUGAGUAUGGGAUUCGAGGACCAUUUCUUGUGAUAGCACCUCUAUCAACCAUUCCUAAUUGGCAAAGAGAAUUUGAAGCAUGGACUGAAUUAAAUGUCAUUGUUUAUCAUGGAUCGUCUGCAAGUAGAAACAUGCUUCAAGAGUAUGAGAUGUACUAUAAAAAUGACAAAGGAGCCAACAUCAAAGAAGUUUAUAAAUUUAAUGUAUUAAUCACAACAUUUGAGAUAAUUCUUUCGGACUACAUGGAACUCAAAGACUUCAAUUGGAGACUGUGUGUCAUAGAUGAAGCUCAUAGACUAAAGAAUAGGAAUUGUAAAUUAUUAGAAGGCCUACGGCAACUGACUCUUGAACAUAGGGUAUUACUGUCUGGGACACCACUUCAAAACAAUGUAAAUGAAUUAUUCUCGCUUCUUAACUUCUUAGAGCCAAGCCAGUUCACAAGUAGCGAAGCUUUCCUCCAAGAAUUUGGUGCUCUAAAAUCUGAUACUGAAGUUCAAAAACUACAAAUUUUACUAAAGCCAAUGAUGCUGAGAAGGCUCAAAGAAGAUGUAGAGAAGUCCAUUGCUCCUAAAGAGGAAACUGUCGUUGAGGUGGAACUAACUAAUAUUCAAAAGAAAUACUAUAGAGGUAUUCUAGAGAGGAAUUUUUCUUUCCUAUCUAAAGGUACAACAUCUGCAAACGUUCCAAAUCUGAUGAAUACGAUGAUGGAGCUCCGUAAAUGUUGUAUUCAUCCUUAUCUGCUAAAUGGUGCUGAAGAUCAAAUCCAGUUCGAUUAUCGUCUCUCUCAUGGAGAGGAUCCUGAUGCUUAUUUCAAAGCACUCAUUAACUCAUCUGGUAAAAUGGUCUUGAUCGAUAAAUUAUUACCCAAACUAAAGAGUAAUGGUCAUAGGGUUUUGAUUUUUAGUCAAAUGGUCAGGUGUCUUGACAUCCUUGAGGAUUAUCUAAUGUAUCGAAAAUACCCUUUUGAAAGACUUGAUGGUCGUAUCAGAGGCAAUCUGAGGCAAGCAGCCAUUGAUAGGUAUUGCAAACCUGAUUCAGACAGAUUUGUAUUUCUUCUAUGUACCAAAGCUGGUGGUCUUGGUAUUAACUUGACUGCUGCAGACACUGUUAUUAUAUACGAUAGUGAUUGGAAUCCGCAAAAUGACCUACAGGCCCAAGCCAGGUGCCAUCGAAUUGGUCAACAGAAAAUGGUCAAAGUGUAUAGAUUAUUGUGCCGAAAUACGUAUGAAAGAGAGAUGUUUGACAAAGCCUCACUAAAAUUAGGGUUGGACAAAGCUAUCCUACAGAGUAUGAAUACGUCUCAGGGUAAAGAUAUUAGUGGCAACAAACAAUUAACAAAGAAAGAAAUAGAAGAUUUGCUUAAGAAAGGAGCAUAUGGUGCUAUUAUGGAGGAAGACAGUGCUGCUGAUAAAUUCUGCGAAGAAGAUAUUGAUCAGAUCUUGGAACGGCGAACGCAAGUCAUCACAUUAGAAAAUGAGAAAGGUUCAACUUUCUCUAAAGCAAGUUUUGCCUCCAGUGGGAUUCGUCAAGACAUUGACAUUGAUGACCCUGACUUCUGGAAAAAAUGGGCCAAAAAAGCAGAAAUUGAUACAACUGAGAACGACGAAGACAAGAAUCUGGUGAUCAGUGAACCAAGACGGCGCACACAGAUCAAACGAUAUGGGCACGAUGAGAAUGUUGUUGACAUGUCUGACCUCGAAUCAUCAUCUGGACCCGGUGAGUCUGAUGAAGACACUGCAAUUGGUGUCGGGCGAGGCAGAGGUAAUCGAAAGUGUAAACUGAAGCACAAAAAACAUAAGAGUUUGAAAUUAUCCCCAGAAGACUUAAUGCCCAAGGAAGGUCAAAUCGCCUAUGGUAGUUGGGCCCGCAGUGAGUGCUUCAAAGUAGAGAGAGGCUUGCUCACUUUUGGCUGGGGUCGUUGGCAAGAUAUUCUGAAAAACAAUCAAUUCCGCGAUGGCUGGACAGAUCAAGUUGUCGAAGACUGUGCUCGUGUCAUUAUCUUAUUCUGUUUACGGUUCUACCGAGGGGAUGACAAAAUUAGGACGUUUAUCUGGGAACUCAUCACUCCUCCUGAAGUUGCCAGCGAUGGUCAUAGUUCUCCAAGUAGCAGUUCUAGUGCACCUCCACCCUUAGGAAAUGUGCCUAGAGGGAAACGAAUCAAGACAAAGAGGAAAGAAGGUAAAGAGGGCACCAUUGAAAUGGAUCAUUGGAGCAGACAUGACAAAUAUGAUGGUGAUUUUUUUCUUGAAAGCAGUUACAGGAAGCAUCUCAGCAGGCAUGCUAACAAAGUACUGCUUCGUGUCAGAAUGUUGUACUACAUUAAGCAUGAGAUCAUUGGUGACCUUGUACAGCAUAUAUCCGACGGAACCCCCGCCAGUGCCUUGCCGAUUUAUCCACCUCAUUGUGACCAAGCACCUGCUCCCUGGUGGGACAGGGACGCUGAUCGAUCCCUUGUAGUUGGCACGUACAAGCACGGCUAUGAAUCUUACUCUCAGAUGAGGAGAGAUCCUGCUUUAAGUUUCCUAGCACGAUGUGGUCCUGCAAGCUCCACUGAGGAGAAAGCAUCCGAGAUGAAAUUUAGUGAUAUUGAAGAUGAGAGUGUUGGUGGCUCCUCUCAGCCUCCAACUCCAACUCCUACUGUCCAGAGCACUGAUGAACAGACGCUAAUAGAAGAAGAUCCAUCAAAACCUCAGUGGCCGUCAAUGGGGGAUCUUAACUCUCGUCUCAGGCGGGUCAUCUCAUCGUAUCAGAGAUCAUUUAAAAAAGAGGAACUGAAACUAGCACAGCGAGCCAAGCUAAGCACCGUAGACCCUGUUGCUUCAUCAUCGACCAAUGCGACGGCAGCAGCCAACAUAAGCAACUCGGCAGUUGCCCAGGCGGGUGUCGGGCUAGACCUGGCCAGCCUCUUCAACCAAUCUGGCUGGGAUUGGCAGCAAAUUGCCAUGUAUUUCUGGAAGGUGGAGAGGCGAGAGAAGUUUGAACAAAUUGUCCGAGAAAGAGAAAGACAGAGGCUUGAAAUUAACCAGAAGAAAUGGUCGCGAAGGGAAGAAAUUGAUUUUUACCGUACCAUUUCAUCUUUCGGCGUCGAAUUUGAUAGGACAAAGAACCAAAUCGAUUGGACCAAAUUUCGAGCUUUAUCUCGCUUAGACAAGAAAUUUGAUGAAACCAUCACAGACUAUUUCAGAGCUUUUUGUGCAAUGUGUAAGCGAGUAUGUGGUAUUAAACCAUCAGAAGAAGAAGAAAGCUCUGAUAUGCCUGUUGAACCUUUGCCGGAAGAUAAAGCAAGACGAGCACUUGAAAGACUGAAAUUAUUGAGUAAAAUUAGAGAAGUCAUCUUGCCUCAUCCAUUACUAGAUGAGCGACUAAAAUUAUGCCAGCCAUCAGCUGACAUUCCGGAUUGGUGGGUCCCUGGAAAACAUGAUAAAGACUUGCUGAUUGGAGUUGCAAAACAUGGUUUGGGCCGAUCUGACUACACUAUUUUAAAUGAUCCUGAACUAUCUUUCCAUGAGAUUGUCAAGAAGAACCUAUUAGCAGCUGUAUCUAACACAUUGAAAACGGAGGUCAAAACAGAGAAACCGGAGGAGAAUAUCCGUUUUGACCGUAAUCAAAUUCUAUUCAAAUUAGAAAAAGGGGAAGGAACUCUGCAAGUUGAAAAAAUAUCUAAUAGCAAGAAAAAAGAGAAUCCAGAUGGUGGCUCCGCUGAAGUAUCAGUCCCUGUCAAAGAAGAAUUGUAUCUGAAGAAAGAAUCUGAGCUCAUAGUUGAGAAAGCAAGCGAAGACAAUCCUGACAAGAUGGAGGUGGAUGAAAAUCAUGGCACAAAUGAAGAAAAAGAAGAGACUUCAACUGAAAACCUGGAAAUUCCUCUAAAAGGAGAAGAGAAGCAGGUACAAGAUGAACCAUUGAGAGCAGAGCAACCAGACGAAAAAUUAAAAGAAGAAAUGGAAGGCGAGAGGUGUAAAGAGGAGGAAGAAGGAAAAGCAGAUGUCAUUAAUCCUGCAAAUAGUGAUGUCAGAAACGAAACUGAAAGUAAUGAAAAAGAAAGUGGAAAGACUUAUAGUAAGGAAGUUGAAAGCAACAAUUCAAACGAUGAUGCAAUCAAUAAAAUUGACACAGAGUUAGAAAUCGAAGUUCUUGAAGAACAAACUAGUCAUACAGAUAAAACCUGUGAGGAUAAUCUGGACAACGCUCAAUCAGGUAAAAAAACAGAUGAAGAGGUUGGCAAUCCAGCUGAAAAUCUAGAGAAUGAUGAAAAUGGAAAGGGAAAUUUGCGCGAGGACGAACGUUUAAAAGCAAAUCCAAAGGAUGAUGAAAUUCUAAAUGAUAAAGCAAGGGAGUCUCAGCCUGAAAAUCUGGAAAUGAAGACAGUAUUAUCAUCAAAGGGAGAUAAAUUGACUGAAAAUGGUGACAAAGCUGGUGCCCAUGCUGAAACUAUCAUCAAGGGAGAUACUCAGCCUGCCAAAGUUGGUGUCCAACCAUCUUUUGCCGAUUCGUUUAACCUUAAAGUUGGCAAAACUGAUAGUGUAGAUAAAUUAAAAGCAAUGUUUCCUGAAUUGGAAGUAAUGAAUCGAUUGCCGGAAAUUGAUGCUAUUGUUGUGAAUGAAAACAAACCAAAUCUUAAUGCUACUAGUCCUUUCAACAAAGGCAAUCCUAGUUUGAUUGAUUCAUCCAUAGCGAAUAUUUUUACACAGAGUUAUCAGAAUCCCAUCAAAUGGCCAAAGGAUCAUGCACUUCAAGUGAGACUUCAACACAUUGCACACUGUGUAGAACAUGGGGAAUGGCCAGUCGGUAGAAACUUCUCUGCCUACUCAGUGCCAGAAGAAGUUAAUCCGGAAAUCAUACCAAAGAGAGAGCCCUCAACUCCACGCUCCGUGUCUGAGAGCUCUGAAGUUAUCACAAUUACAACUGAUCAUGGGCUCAAUAAAUUCACAGCUCAUCAACCAAUGAAAAGGAAAAGACAUAUUGCUAUCGAUGUGGAAACGGAGAGAGCUAAACUUCAUGCGCUUCUCAAUAGUAACCUGCAAGCAUCACAUUUAUUGAAGCACUCCUCACCGAACGUUUUUGAAACAGAGGAAACAUCAGAACCUGAUUCUCGGCGCUCAACUCCAAUUACCACAUCAUUGCAGCCACCGCCUGCUCAUCAACAUUCAUCACCAGCUCCACGUGUGCUAUCUAUGCCUUUUGAUUUAAAGUAUCACACUGUAACGCAGACUCCUUCGCUCAAACCAGCAGUUGCCUCACCAGCACCUAUGGAUCUCUCAUCUAGUUUGCCAAAAAUGAAAACUCCUGACCUAUCAGCUGGUAUUGAUCUGAGUGUGGGACUAAAAGAUUCCCCAAUGGACGAUAUUCAGGACUUUUCAAUGCCGAGUAAGAAGCACCUCUCACAACUUCAAUCAGCACAUCAACAUUCACUGGCCCAACAGGCAGGCGCGCAUCACUCUUUGACAAAUCAGUCUCAGCCUUUAUCCGCACACCAGCAGCCAGCGCAUCAGCAGCCAGCUCAUCAGCACCAAGUGCACCACCCAACACAUCAUCAGCAGCCUGCGCACCAACAAAUGCCCCAACACAUGCCACCAACUAAAAGCAAGCUUGAUGACAUGCUGAGUAAACUCAAGCAGAGGAAGAAUUGCCCGGUUGAAGAACCAAUCAUGGGUAAAGAGAAAAAGAGGAAGAAAUUGGAUGAAAUUGUUCUAGGGCUCUCAGCUUCUAAGCAACAGGAAACUUCAAGCAUUGAGACUCCAAACAGCAUAUUUCCGUCGACAGAUAGCAGGAAGCCUCCACAGAUCUCUCCAAGUGUUACUGUGACCCCGACUUCCACAAAGCCUCUCUCAGGAUUGGGCUCUCGUUCGACGUCCAAGUCUAAUCUGGAAUCUCUUUCAUCGUUUAUUACACAUGCGGAACAUCAAAAUCUGAUCAUGAAGCAUCAGCAGCAAAUGCAGCAGCUUCUUCAGCAACAACAGCAGCAGCAAGCAACAAAACUAUCACAAUCCUCCUCCUCUGUAGCUCAAGUCCAGAGAAAAACAUAUGAGGCCAUGAUUGCCGAGAUUAACAAAGACUAUGCAGCUAAGCAUACACAGUUAUCACAUGAAUCCAAGGUCAACAAGUGGUUAGCUGAGCAGCAGUCAGGCAUGAUUCCCUCAGAUCAAGCUGAUUUCAUGUCUGUUCCGAGACGGAGGCGACCUCGAGUUGAUCCAACUUUAUUAGAUUGGAAAAAUUUGACUGGUGAAGAAAAUGUGUCUGUCAUCAACAGGCUUACAGGGAAGAAGUUAACGGGCUCCAAGGCUCCACAAUUGAAGAGACUGGCUCAGUGGCUUGCUGAUAACCCGACUUUUGAUAUUGACCCCAAAUGGGCGGAACUUGUCAAAGAAAGAGGUAAUCUGCCGCACGAUUUGAAAAGCAGGUUAGUACAAGCUGAAAGGAAAAGCAACACUGGAACAGGUGGUCUUCUAGCUAACCCUCAAAAUGCCCAAACAUCUGUCAAUCAAUCAUCUAGUCUGCCCACUUCUCUGGCAUCUUCAUUGCAGUAUCCAUCGCUGGCCUCAGCAGGCCUAGGUGCCUUGAAUCCUGCCCUCAUUUCUGGACUUACAGGUCUCAGCGGCUUUGAUCCUAAAUCACCAAAUCCAUUCUACCCCUUUUUACCUAAUUUAGGUGCACUGGCAGGAAUGAGCGGUCUGAGUAACAUCAACCUCACUAAUUCCUUAUUUGCCAAUUUAGCUGGUUUAGGUAUUCCGAAUUUGGCAGGGAUUGACUCCUCUGCCAUAAAUGAAACAGCCACCAAAUCAAGUAGCACUUCGAAUAAAGUAAAUAGCAAAAGUCGCAAGCCCGACUCUUCCAGUGUUAGUAAAACACCAACGUCUUCAGCCUCCAAUCUACCCAGUAGUUUGCCAUACUUCUUUCCAAACCCAAGUUUGUUGUAUCCUUCGCUCGGUUUGGGUGGUUUGAGUCCCUUUUCACUCCAGCCAGGGGCUGGCUACGAAAGCUUGGCCAUGUUAAAUGGGGGCUUAGGAGUUUCCAGUGCAUCUCAAUCAAUGCCAACUUCAUCAAGGCAUAAGAAUUCGUCAAGUGGAAGUCGAGCAUCUACAGCAACAGCCUCUGCUUCAACGACUACAUCAUCUGGUGCUGCUGGUCCCAAUCAAAAAUCCAGUCGAUCUGCUCAGCAGUAUCAGUUCCCUCAAGAAUCUCACCUAUUAGAAAGUUUGACAAGAGCUGGCCGCCUCCCUGACCUCACUAAGAAGCCGACUAGUAAGGAUGUAGAAAAUUUGAAGAACCUAAUGAUGUCCUCACUCCCAUCUUUAGCUGCGUUUGAUCCAAAAAAAACAAGAAACGAUCAAGAAAUGAAAGAAGCGUUUGAUAGUCUUAGCAAAUCUGAGCUUUUUGCAAGGAUCCCACAGAGUCUCGAUGAUCGUAAGUUGUCCAUAUCAACUGCAGAUCUGGUAGAGAAGCAUUCGUCAAAGAGGCACAGGGAGCCUAGUCCGCAAGUAAGUGACAAAAGCAGUUCCAAAAAAAUAAAGGACUCCCCCAUAUCAAUUCCAGUUCCACCCUCUAAAAAGUUCAUGAUGGAAAGUCAAAACCUUCAAAUGGACUUGCCUUCCAAAGACAGGUCCCCAAGCUACAGCAGUAGCAGUGCUAAUGAGCAACCUUCCUUGACAAUUACAUCAACUGAAGAGCAAUCAAGAAAAUCUAUGAAAGAGAGCAAACUAGGAGCGCUGAUCAGUCAAGUGGCAGUAGUACCGGCAGUAGAGAUAACUGUUGCCUCCACAUUCCCUUCAAAACGAGGAACCCCGUCACCGGUCCCCAUUUCGGUUCCUGCUUCGUCUUUAUCGCCAAAGCAUCCUUCAUCUCCACUGCAAAUUCCUUUAGUUUCUGCAGUCUCUAUCUCCGAACCCUCUGCUCAAUCACCCGCUCCCUCCCCUCCUCCCGUCUUAGUGCCUAACGAGCCACCGAAAGCCGCAACUCCUGCCUCAGAGCCAGUUGUGUUAUCAACCUCUAUCCUCGAAGGAACAUCGGAGAGUUUGCCCAUUGUAGAAGUUGAACAAGCUUCAGAAUUAGAAUCAAAAGUCGAAAUUAUGAUCAACAAACCACAAGACAACAGCAAUGAGGACCAACUCUCAGCGCCAAACAAGGCAGACACCUCCACUGAGACACUAAAUAAAGAAGAGGCAGUACCUGAGGAAGAAACAAUGCCAGCUAAGAAACGUAGACCUAGAUCAAAAAAGCCAGUUCCCAUCCUUAAUGAUCCUGAAUUAGCCGUAGAAAGGAAAAAUUUGAGAUCAUCAGCCAGUAGAUCAGCAGCAGCUGCAGCUGCUCGAGCGGCAAGAGCAGCAGCAUUACAGCAGCAAGCAGAACAGGAAAAUGCAUCAGCUCAAGAAGAUGAGGUGUAAAAUGCCAAGUAGAUAAUACUCAGUGAUCAUUUUUGAACUUUGUGUCGGUUUCUUGUACAUACCUUAUUCGUUGGUUGAUUUUGUCAGGCCUAACUGUCUCCAUGCCCUCUAACUUUAUCUUACCUCUAAGUUUUAGCUCCCUGAGUUUUGAUCAAAUUGUCACUUGAUCCUUCCACCCUCAGUUUAACAAAAUAGUAACUUGCACACUAAUCUGUUUUCAAUUCAAUGAUGGUGAUCAUGAACAAUUCGUGUGUUCAUCAUGAUGAUGACAAUUCAUGAUGUGUUCAUUAUCAUUUUGUCAGAGCGGAAUCAAAACAUUUUAUUUUGGAAUACCUCAAAUUCUUAAAAGCUGUCUCAUAGCUUAUCUCUAUAAUUAUAUUGGGUGGACAGCCAUCACUGAAGCUGUGGAGCAAUGAAAGCAAGUUCUUCAACUCAAUUUAAGCAGAUGACUUACUCCUUCUAUCAUUGUUAUUAAGACAACCUUCUUUUGUUCAGAUGAGUGCGUUUACUUACCUUACAUUUUACGCUUUUCAGUCAAGUAUCAUGUUUUAAAAAAAAAAAUUGCCUCCAUUCACAAAAUGUGGUAGGUUUCCAUUUGUACAAUGUCAGCAUGUAUCAUGAAUUCCUCCAGAGCCUAAAAAGGUUCAUUAAGAAAACAUGAAUGAAUUGAAUUCAGUUUGAUUAAAGGGAGUAACCAAAAUGGCCCGUUUUGCAUGUACCCCUUCUACAACUUUUUCUCUUUUAUCAAAUAAUGCUACACAUUUAAUUUUUUUUAAUAGAAGCAGUGGAUACCUCUGUUAUAUUUUUUUCAAGUCGACACUUUUAUUUCUACAGAAUGAACUAUAUGUCCCAGGUAUUCUUCAGGAUUAACACUUCUUAUUUUUAAAUAUUAUUCCGGCACAUGAAACUUUCCAACACCACCCAAAGAGAGAAGAAGAAUAAGUAAUUGACACUUGAACUGUCACUGAAUUAAGCUCUAGUUGCAGACUAAUCGUCCUAAUCGAUAAUAAAUUUUCUUUAGUUUUCAUUCAUAGGAAUUCUUUGGGUCAGCCAGCUCACUGGCUAGAUUCUGGGAGACUUCUUGAACUAUCAUGAGCGUCUGUAGAUGAGCUACACCGCAAAUAAUGAGGAAACCCAUAAAGAAAUGAAAAAGGCAUAUUUUCGUGCAAUUUUAGAAUGGAGAAAAAAGUAUAAACUCAAGAUCAAACAUUUACAAAAAAAUUAUUUAUUUAUUUAUUCCCCUAGCUGUCAUAGUCUACAUAACUUAAUGCAUCGCUUGAUGCCUCCAAGUCUGCAAUGAAUCGUUUUCAUCGUCGGUUUCGUAUUGGUUGAGUCACUGGCAAAAGAGGGGGUUUCAUUGGGCUCCGCCUCGGUUUUUUCUGCAACAUCCUUAGAUAUUGUGUGGAACUCAUCCUUGGUCUCCGCUUGCUCUGUGAUUUAAAUUCUUCUCCCGCAAAUUUGUUCGGCGUUGAAAAAUUUGUGAGUUUUCCUGACGGAGAGAUCCUCUUCAUUUUUAUGCAGAUUCCAACCAAGGUUGUCAUUUUCCCCCAUUCUUUAGUCCGUUUUCAUUCAAUGCUUAAUAAGUCUGUAGGGUGAUGGUUUGACUCCAAUCCCACAGUCAGGUGGAUUGCUCUCAAGUUUCACUGGCCAUGUACGAAUAUUAUUCAUCGAUCAUAACUUCACUUCUUAAAAAUACAAGGAAGCUAUCUUGGUUUAAAUAAUACAUUCACGAAACAUGAUAAAAAAGGAUGAGGACUAAUGAGAAAGUGAACAAUGAAGUCUAAUUCCCGAACGACUCAACGGGUACCUACAUGAGUAUAAGCAUAAGUCCUACAGGAGUUGGUGGUAAAUAGUUAUUGUUUGCAAUGCUACACUGCGCAUGCCGCAGCAGAAAUGCACUGAUUUUCCUUAUUGGUUCGCUUAGCCACAGUGGUCUUGAAUGGGAAUUGCGAAGAUGAGAUAGAUAAAUCUGUUUAAAGUGCAUAACUGAGUUCUGAAAAUGUGUUUAGAUGGCAAGACAGAAAACAAGGAAAGAAAAGGAAUAAUCAUGUGCACUUGAAUGACUGGGACGUAUGCAAACUCUUCGAGUUUGCAGAUGAGCCAGACUCUUAUUUUGAGUUUGCAAAAUCGGGAAGUUGAGUGCAGCUCAUAUGUGGGGGCCUUCAGUAUGUGACUUUGAUUUGUGAUUAUUUUAAAAUUCUUGUCAUUAAAGUUGUUCACUUUCAGUUGUUAAGUAUUUGGAUUGUCUUUUAAAAUAUCAUGUAUAGUAUUAUACUACGUCCAUCUGAACAAAGGAAAGUUUCCAUGAUUUUAUACGUAUUUAUUCAUCAGUCAAAAUAAGAUUUUACUAAAAAAUUUUUUACAAUAAAAUGUAAAAGCCGAAUGCAUUAUGACUGCAUUUGUAUUUUGUUUUAUUAUGCAACUUACAUUUACUCUUGAAUUUUAGUAUCUUUUCCCGUUUUUCCCAUUCUUCGCGUGCCACUUCUCGAAAGGAUGGGCGUUUUAAUCCUCUUUUUUAUAGCCUCAAGCGUAUUGAAGUAUAAAAGAAAAUCAAAGCUACAUUUGGCCCACAAAUUAAAAAUAAAUGAAGAAAAAUUAAUAACUAGGUAUCAUAAAAGAUAUAAAUCAUAAUUGAAUGCAAGCGAUACUGUUGAAGGCAUUCUUCAAAACCUUUAUUUUUUUAUUAUGUAAACAACAAGUACUUGAUUUUAUCUCUUUGUAUAAUUGUACAUUCAAAGCUAAAAAUAGAACAGGUUUUACAUUUUCUGAUAGUAUUGAUUACUAGGCUGAAGACUUUAUGGACUCAUUUUUAUAUUUAUUUUCAAAUUAAAGUAUUAUGUUUUUCUUUCAUAAUUUAUUGUUAACUGUGAUAGCAUUUUCUUUUUUCUUUUUUUUUUUCUCUCUCUUUAUUUUUCUUGAUCCUGUCUUUAUUUAUUGCUCGAAAA